CAUGGCAGCUCUAUUCUGUACUGCAGGAGCUGCUAGCAAUAUGUUCGUCAGACAACCGCAGUUGCCCUAUCACAACUCGGCGUAUGGUUGGCUAUUCUACAACGUGUCCGAGUACCAACCAACCUGUGGUUGGCAGAUCAUAUUGACCUCUUCCUACCCUUUGUGCAGUAUUCAAUUCUGGGACGGCCUCGUGCAGCAAGUGGACAACUACACCUUCAUCCUGACCAAUAAAGAUUACGUCGCCAAUACAUUGAAUAAAAGGAGUGACAUCGCCAUCGUUGGGCUGUUUCUGUACGUACACCAUUUAACGGGCCGCAAUCACCAAUCGUAA